AUGCAUCUGCCUAGCUUGGCCGCCUUUGGUUGGACCCCCCGCCUUUUCCUGCGGGACGAAAAUGCCCGAGACAGCGGGAAGCUCGAAAUUUGGGCGGUCAAUGGUGUCAGAAGCCUGCCCCUCCAGAAGCCGCCGGCUCUCAAUUGUGGCUCCUCGUUGAUGCAGCUCUCCCACCACCCUCGCCGGGUCCAUCAACACGAAUCCGAGACAGAUAGUGCGGGCACCCUUCACCAACAAGUGCGAAAGCCAAGAAAGCAAACUGUGUUGCACAGCGAGGAGCACAAGCGGAAGAAUCUGUCCAUCCAGAAGUGCUACAGAGAGCUCUCAAUAGUAACGGCUUCAAACGGUGCCGGCGACAGAGGUCACAGGGUGUCGCCCACUAUGAACAGGUCUCCUGCUCCCGGGGCCGUUUGGGACUACCGUCGAGGAUGCUAA